UUCCACUCAGUAUAUUUGUCAGGAAGGGGACUUCUCACUGUUCUCUGAGAGUACUGGGUGCUAAAACAGGUGCCCCAUAGAGCAAACCUGCAAUGUCUCCAUGGGACAUAGUGAUUAAAGUGAGGUACACAGGCUCCUGCAGUAAGGCUUUGAUAUAGAAAAAGUAACGAAAAGACAAAUCAAUACAAUGAGAUACUGACAUGUCCAUGAGAGGAGACAGUAAGACAUCAUGGGCUCACGCAUCAAGGAAAACCCAGAAAGAAUAUUUGAAGGAUUCUUUGAAGUUUUGCGCCCUGCAUCUUUGGAUGAAGAUCCAGUGCUGAAAGGACAGUUCCCUACGCAAUUUGAUGACCAGGAGUCUGUAACAACUCUAACAAAAUUCUGCUUCCCAUUUGAUGUUGAGAGGUGGGAGAAUUCAGCUGUGCAGCAUUUUAGUUUUACUUUGACAGAUCUUCAGGGUAAUCAAAGCUUUGGGUUUUGUCGUCUGUCCAUCCAUUCCAAAUGCUGCAUCUGCAUCCUCAGUUCCCUCCCGUGGUUCGAACUUUUCUACAAACUUCUCAACAAUAUUGCAGAAUAUUUAGUAAAAGCACAGGUUACAGAGGCAAAUGAGCUCUUAAAGGCUAUAUAUGAUCAUCCAGUGCCCCAAACCAAUACCUCACUGAACCUGGAGAUGUUGUCCUAUUUUAUUGUUCCAGAUCCAUAUCAGCUUCCGUCAAUUCCAGAAAAUAGGAAUCUCACAGAAUUCAUGGUUGCUGUAAAUGUGGAGACAAUGCUGCAAUUAUAUUCCAGUCUUUUGUUUGAGCGGAGGAUACUCAUCACUUCAAGCAAGCUAAGCACACUCACAGCCUGUGUUCAUGCCUCUGCGGCUCUCCUGUAUCCAAUGUACUGGCAGCACAUCUAUAUCCCCACAUUACCACCGCACCUCCUGGAUUACUGCAGUGCCCCCAUGCCCUUUUUGAUUGGAGUACACAACAGUUUGAUGGAGAGACUUAACACUAAUAGUCUGGAAGAUGUAGUGAUAAUUAAUGUGGACACAAACACCUUUGAGGAUCCAUUUCAGGACCUGCAAAACCUUCCCUCACAUGUGGUCUCUCUUCUGAAAAUUCGACUCAAGAAACAGUCAGCUCUGAUGGGUGAUAGUGUGUCUCGUGCAUUCCUAGGAGCUCAAGCGUUACUCUUCGGGGGGUAUAGAGAUGCACUAAUUUGCACCCCAGGAGAACCAAUCUCGUUCUGUCAGGAAACCUUUCUGGAUAACAAGUGUAGCGAGAUGAAACAGUUUCUGCAGAGCGCGGUGCAUCUCCAGCUUUUUACACAGUUCAUAGAUUUCCGUUUGGAGAAAUUAAAUGCUGGUGCGGGUUUCACAGAUAUAUUUGAGCAUGAGAUUACCAGUUGCGGGUUGGCAGGGAACUCAAGAUCCUAUCAGCUAUGGCUUGAAAACUUAAAGAAAAGUGGCGGCUCCAUCAUACACAGUGUAAAGAGUAGGACACACCCUACAGUCAAGAACAUGCUGAAAUAUGCAAAAGGACAAGCAAAGACUGGUCUACAAGGCAUGAGAAGCCGUAUAAAUAAAAAGGAAAUUCGUAAAUUGCAACGUGGGGGGUCACUUAAGGAAGACGGGGGUCCAACACAGAGCCACGAGAGAUUGCAGAACCGACUACCCAUUACACAGCAUUUUGGGCAGUCACGUCCAAGAAGACCAGGAAAGAAGUAUAUUGAGGUUGAUAACUGGGGCUCAUCAAGAUGCCCACCUGAAAAGGAAAAAGAAGGGAUUGACUCUGUGCUCAAUGAAGAAGAUGAGUUCCCCCCACUGGAGAAGGGAGAUAUGGAUCUACUGGAAGAUAUUUUCGAAACACUGAACACAAGAGCACCGGGGGAGCAACAUAAAUUGUACGGAACACACAGCCUGGAUUUCUUCAAUCUGGAUGACAGUCAGUAUUUCACACGGUUUCAGCCAAUAAAUGCUCCAAGUGAUGAGAACCUAUGCCUUAGCCAGCCUAGAGAUUCAACCCUAUGGUACUUGGAGGAGGCGGAGGAGGAAGACCAGGAAGAUGAAGCUUUUGACUACACAAGCAUGUCUCCAACAUCACUAACCCCAGAGGUUGCUUCACUGUCUUCAGAAGUUGCAACACCAGCAUCAGAAGUCACAUCACAGACAGAAGAAGUAAUUUCAUCAACCACAGAAGAUAUUUCAAAUAUACAAGUUAGCGCACAAACACCACCAAACGUCCCCUUACUGUCCACAAGAUCAGAUGUCAACACACUGACACUCCCCCCUGUGGAGGAAGAAUGUGAAACCAGAACAAAUUUUGUAAUUAGAGAGGAGAAUACCACCAGAGAAGAAUCUCCUGACCAGCAGAAGAGAGUCAUGAAGGAAAUGUGUGACCAGUUUGAGUCCUGUAGAGAUAAUUCACCCCAUGCGUCUGGCCCUAAUGUGCACACAGCAAUCUCUCAGACCAGAUCCUUGGACCCAAGAAUGAUGUGGACUGGGACUAGGAGGGACACAUCCCAGAGUGUAAGACGAUUGGGUGAUCAGUGGCAGAACAAUGCUUUUCAGGCCACUAUUCAGAAUCACAGUACUAAAAAAUGCUGCACUUGGACCAACAGUGCCACCACUCCCAGUACAGAGACUCAUAGCAAUCCAAAUCCUUCCUCAAGUAUUGGGUCCAUAAGACAAACUACAGAAGGUAUUAACUCUCAAUGUCUCCCCAAGGUAUCAGAACUAAAAAAACGUUUUGAGGCAUAAAAGUAAUAUAAUCAGUUUGAGGAGUGAGAAAUCCAUAGCAUGUAUACAAUGCAUUUAUACUUUGAAUAUAAACUUCAUUAGCAGAACAGCAAGGUUAUGGAAAUAAAACAAUGUUUGUCACAUUGGAACAUAAAUUGGUAAAAAAAAAAAAAAUUGCAUUUAGAAGCAUGCAGCCAAGUUAGAACUCAUAUGGAAGUAGCUCAUGGGAUCAAUGCUUUGGGGAGUAGUGGAAAAAUGUAUACUUUAAAAUAUAUAUUUUUUUUAAAACUAACUUUAUGCACACCAUUUGAGAAUAAUAGUGUGUGCACUAUCUUAUAGGGGUAAAAUACAUAGCUUUGAGGAAAAAAAAUGACAAAUGAAGAUGUAACAGAUAAAGUACUUUUAUUGUCUUUACAAUUGGAACAUGUAAAAUAUUAGAAUCGUAAAAAAGUUUUGUUUUGUUUUUUUUCACAAGAGUUUUCAUUAAUAGCAAGGUAAUUGCAGUUUUGGCAACAAAAGAGCUCAGUGGUCUAGAUAUAAAAUAAGUUAAGGUGUCUGGAUAAAAGAUAUACAAUAAUUAACUCUCAAAGUAUGUAUCAAAAUAAUUAUUUAUAGUAAGACAUGGUUUCUAAACCGCAGUCCUCAAGUACCCCAACCGGCAAGGUUUUAAUUUUAGCUGAACCAGUGCACAGGUGAAAGAAUCAGCUGAUGGAUGAGAGCAGGUUAGUAACCAUGGUGUUACUGAUCAGCGGAUUACUACACCUGUUCACUGGUUCAGCUAUAAUGAAAACCAGGCUUGUUGGGGGUACUUGAGGGCCGCGGUUGAGAAACACUGUAGUAAGACAAUCUAAGCAACACUUAAGAUUUAAAGAUGAAAGGUUUUAAGCAUAGUAGAAAGGACAAAUAAGCUUUAGUGAUUUCAAUUUUCUCUAUCAAAGAAACGGGGUCAACAUAUAUUCUUUUUUCUAAAUAAAGGAUUUCAUCUUCCUGUU